AUUUGCCAUCACUAAAGUUGCCCACCAACACGUGCACCCGCGCUAGUUUUGUUUUUUCCUAUCCAAGUUAAAAGUAAAAAUGGCCAAAAAACAGGAUAGGAAACGUAAAGUAAAGGAUGAGGCUACCAAUGAUGGGGCUUCCGGGUCAGACCAAUCGGACAAUGCAGAAGAAGAAGAGGACUUGUUGCAAACCGUCAAAGAACCUGGUGAGGAUUCUACGGAUGACGAGGGCAUAGAUCAAGAAUAUCAGUCAGAUAGUAGUGAGGACUUGGAGUUUGAAAGUGAUGAGGAAGGCAACUAUGUGGGCAGAAAGGGAGGGCAACAAGAAAGUUCGGACGAAGAGGAAGUUGAUGAAGAGGAGGAAGAUGAUGAUGAUGAUGAUGAUGAAGAGGAGGGAGGGAAGGUAGAGGACAAACCCACAACUAGCUCGAAAGCUGAGACUAAUAAUGAAGUUGCCCCUCUCCCGGCACUACCAGCUCGCGAUCCUUCCAAGCAAGAGUAUGAGGAUUCGGAUACUUCAGAUGAGGAGGACAUACGUAAUACUGUGGGCAACAUUCCCAUGCAUUGGUAUGAUGAAUACAAACACAUUGGCUAUGAUUGGGAUGGCAACAAGAUUAUUAAACCCAUCAAGGGAGAUCAAAUUGAUGACUUCUUACGUAAAAUUGAGGAUCCUGAUUUCUGGCGCACAGUGAAGGAUCCACAGACAGGUCAAGAAGUUGUACUCAGCGAUGCCGACAUAGCUUUAAUCAAACGCAUCAAUUCCGCUCGCAUACCGAAUGCGGAGCACGAAGAGUAUGAACCCUGGAUUGAAUGGUUCACCUCGGAAGUGGAGAAAAUGCCAAUUAAAAAUGUUCCAGAUCACAAGAGAUCUUUUCUGCCCUCGGUGUCCGAGAAGAAGCGUGUGUCGCGCAUGGUCCACGCCUUAAAAAUGGGCUGGAUGAAGACCACGGAGGAAGUGGAGCGAGAGAAGCAACAGAAACGUGGACCAAAAUUCUAUAUGCUCUGGGAAACGGAUACUGGACGAGAGCAAAUGCGCCGCAUUCACGAUCCCGUCUCCGCACCCAAACGAGACCUACCCGGCCAUGCGGAAUCUUACAAUCCACCUCCGGAAUAUCUUUUCGAUGAAAAGGAAACCAAGCAAUGGCUUAAGCUUAAGGAUGAGCCCCAUAAACGUAAAUUGCAUUUCAUGCCACAGAAAUUUAAAUCCCUGCGAGAGGUUCCCGCAUACUCACGUUAUCUACGUGAACGAUUCCUUCGCUGUCUGGAUCUGUAUCUAUGUCCACGUGCCAAGCGAGUUAAGCUUAACAUUGACGCGGAGUACCUUAUACCCAAACUGCCCUCACCCCGAGAUUUGCAGCCAUUCCCCACUGUGGAAAGUCUGGUCUAUCGUGGCCACACGGAUCUGGUGCGAUCUGUCAGUGUUGAGCCAAAGGGCGAAUAUAUGGUUUCUGGAUCCGAUGACAAGACAGUGAAAAUUUGGGAAAUUGCCACCGGUCGUUGCAUACGGACAAUUGAAACCGAGGAUGUGGUACGCUGUGUGGCCUGGUGUCCCAAUGCCAAACUGUCGAUUAUUGCUGUGGCCACUGGCAGUCGCCUGUUGCUGGUUAAUCCCAAAGUGGGUGAUAAAUUGCUAAUCAAGAAGACCGACGACCUCUUGGCCGAGGAACCUUCCAAUCAAGAUAUUAUUGACAAUGAACGGAUCAAGACGGCUGUACAAUGGUCCACGGCAGAGGCCGCUGAACAGGAGAAGGGUGUUCGUGUUAUAAUUAAUCACUUUAAGCCAAUACGUCAAGUUACCUGGCAUGGACGUGGUGAUUACCUAGCCACUGUAAUGCCCGAGGGAGCAAAUCGAUCGGCUCUCAUUCAUCAAUUGUCCAAGAGACGCUCUCAAAUACCCUUCUCGAAGAGCAAGGGGCUGAUCCAAUGUGUGCUCUUCCAUCCUGUGAAACCAUGCUUCUUUGUAGCCACUCAACACAAUAUACGCAUCUAUGAUUUGGUUAAGCAGGAGCUGAUCAAGAAAUUGCUUACCAAUUCCAAAUGGAUAUCGGGCAUGUCUAUACAUCCCAAAGGCGAUAAUUUACUGGUUUCCACUUAUGAUAAGAAAAUGUUGUGGUUCGAUUUGGAUUUGUCCACCAAACCAUAUCAAACCAUGCGCUUGCAUCGCAAUGCAGUGCGCAGUGUGGCUUUCCAUUUACGUUAUCCGCUCUUUGCUUCCGGCAGUGAUGAUCAGGCGGUCAUUGUCUCCCAUGGCAUGGUCUACAACGAUCUGUUGCAAAAUCCUUUGAUUGUUCCCCUUAAGAAGCUGCAGACCCAUGAGAAACGUGACGAUUUUGGUGUCCUAGAUGUCUGCUGGCAUCCUGUCCAGCCUUGGGUAUUCUCAACUGGAGCGGAUUGCACAAUACGACUGUACACAUAGAUGACAACAAAUUUUAUAACGUUAUGUUUUAUAU